UGUGGCCGGGUUUAUUCGCGCUGCGGGGCGCACGCUGCCCGGGUGCUGCCGCUGGAGCGCUGCCUGGGGGAGCCGGCUGCUCCCCCACCGCCGGGGCUCGGAUGGACGCGGUGGUCCUGGGCAGCGGCCCCGGGCUGCUGCUGGCGCUGGCGCUGGGCCUAGCUGUUUUCAACGGUGUGGGUGCCAGCUGGAACGUGACUGCUGACUACGGAGCGAAGAGGCCCGUAUGCAGCUCUCCGGAGGACUGUGCAGAUAAUAUCACACAGUUGAGGCGGAGAGGGCACUUUUCUAAGUGCCCCGAGGAAUACAAGCAUUACUGUGUCAAAGGGCGAUGUCGAUAUGUCAUGGCCGAAGAGACGCCAGCUUGCGUCUGCGAGAAAGGCUACACGGGCGCAAGAUGCGAGCGAGUGGACAUCUUCUACCUGAGAGGAGAUCAAGGCCAGAUUGCAGUGAUUUGCUUGAUCGUUGCCAUGGUGGCGCUGAUCGGCCUGAUAAUAUGCAUCUGCACGUGCAGUCAUCACUGUCGGAAGCGCCGCAGGAGGAGAAAGGAAGAGGAAAUGGAAACGCUAGAGAAAGAGUUGCCUACCAAACAGGAGGAUAUCCUAGAGACGGACAUUGCAUGAAGGUUACUGAAGGCACCUGCAGGCAGGUUCCAAACAGCACAAUGUCUUGCUCUAUUGGAGAGGGACACAGAAGGGCUAUUGCCCGGAUAAUAAAGGCAGAUGAAUAACAGGUGUUUUUACAUUGUUUAUUUGUAGCUAUGUCUUGUGAAAACAAAGGGGCACAAGCGCCAUUGAAAGUCUUCUCCUAAAUCUCUGAGCUUUAAUACGUUUGAGCAAUUGUAGCUAAUGUUUAUCAGGAUAACCAAUAGGUUUUUAGUAGCAAAUUAAUGAGUUAUGGUUCUGGCAUAUGUAAUAAAUAGUUUGUGUCAGGGGUUCCCAAUCCAUGUUACUGUUUGAUCGCAUGCCAUUGCUUCCACAGGACCCUGCCUCAUUCGGUGCGCAGGAUGGAUUGUGCACUAGGAGAGACACACGGUUAUGUAGUGAAGGGGGCUGUUGACUGUCGGGCCCCUGUCUCCCCUGUUGCAGUUGAAAGGUGUGUAGUGGAUGGGGCAGGAAUUACAGGGAGAGAAGGAAGGGGCUCCUGGUUAGGGCAGAUGCUGCCCCGGAGAAUUGGAGUCUAUCUCUUCCUUUGCCACAGAGUUCCUAUGUGAUGCUGGGCAAGUCACUUACACCAAAAUGUUCAGUUGGCCAUGAAUUGUGUUCCUCGUUUUCUGGGUGCCCUGUUUGAGAUACCUGGGACCAGAGUUGCAGAUGUGCUGAGCACUCAGAUCUGCAGCUGAAGUUGUGUUUUCAACAUCUCCAAUGCUGUAUAAUAAGUUCUCUGGAAGAUCAGGUGGUAGGACUCUCAAACUGGGCACCCAAAAUUAAGUGACCUUAAUCUCUCUGCCUCGGAUCCCCAGCUGUAAAACUGUAGUCCCCGCCCCGAAGCACGGAGGCACUAGAGCAUGUCAAUUUAACAGCUGUAAGAAUUUUUUUAACUUGGGCAAAACAAAAUUUUUCCUAAUCUUGUCAUCCGAAACAGCUGAACCAUUUUAGCUGAAACUUUCCAAAAUAGAAACACCCAGCAUGGAAAGUCUCAGACCAAACAGUUUUUCAGUUGCUUGUAACUUUGUAAGACUAUCAUAUAAUGGAAAGUCGGAGGCACCCUUAACUGUAGGUAGGCAUGACCGUGUUAGACUUUUAUUUUUAUGAUUUUGACUGGUAAUAACUAUUUAUUUUUAAGACAUUGUUUCCCAUUUUUAUCUUUUUCGAAAUUAUGGGAAGGCCAGACGAUAGGAGGGGCCAGACAAUAAAUAUUUAAUCCAUAGACAUUGAGAUU